GUGGCAGUGAUGUCCGGUAAAUCAUGUAAUUUAUGUUAAGUUCAUAAACAUUCGUUCAUUUUGUUGCCGGUAGGCUUCAUGUAUUUGUGAUUUAAUCGAUGUAUAACUUUAGCAUCAUAAGUUGGCUAGCUAAUAUAGCACAUUCAGAGAGCUCCGGGGGUUACCGCUGUAGCCCGUAACUAAGGCAACCACAAGUGACGUGACCCGCGGGAGAAUAGAGUCAAAAAGAGCACCCAAACACCUCGGACUGUUUCCCUGUUUGUUGUUUGGCUUCCAGUCUGUAGUACUUAAUGUGUUGAACAUGGAGAGACAUAACGUGGGAAAAGAAAGGCUCAUAGUGCCCACUGACUUUACCUCACCAGCGGCUCCAAGGAAUACCCAGGAGGAUCUGGUCCCCCCAUCGCAUUUCGCCUCGAGUGUCCAGUCUGCUGGAGCACAAAGAGGCGUUCACAGUGCAAGAAAACCGCCACUCAACUCCUGGAUGAACCCAAGUGUCACAUCACUACCAUCAGGAGAUCCCAGUCCUGCCAAUCCAUGGCUCGCCAUCACUCAGGCCCAGCAGGAAAUCUUGGAACUGAGGAAAGAAAAUCAAAGGAUCAUGAUGUUACAAGGGGACAGCAUAAGAGGAAGGAGCCCUGUGGAUCACCCAGCCGACCUUAGAGCAAGGUGUGCAGAGAGAGGCGAGCAGUGGUUUAGACGGGAGUCAGAGUGGCGUCUGGAGGCAGAGAUGCACAAGGCUGAGGCUGAGAGGUUGAAGGGGCAGGUGGAGACCUUGAAGGAGACUGCAGCGAGACACAGGGAAGAGAUGAGAGACAGAGACAGCACCCUGAACAGACAGAGCCAUGAGCUGGAAGCAGUGCGUGAAGAGCUAUGUAAAGCUAAGACUGAACUCAGCCAAAUCAGAACGGAGCUCACUCACAGCAGUACACAGAAGGAGAAAAUAAGCUCCCAGCUUGAAAGACUGAAGAAAGAGUCUGGCGAGGAAAUUACAAAGCUGAGGAGAGAUGUAGCAAGGAGCAAAGAGGAAGCCCAGGAGCUUGCUCUGAAGGCUGAAAUGGGCAGGUUACAAGCUGCGGAGGAGGCCAAACAGCUGACUCUUCAACUGUCAGAACAACUGGAGGAAAUGCAGAAGAAGCAGGGGGUGGAGCUGCAACAGCUGAAUGCUUCCCACUGUGAAGAGGUGGCUGCAGCAAGAAAUACAAUCAGUGAACUACAGGACAGAUUUCAAUCGAUGACCUCAGAAGUGCUGCAGCUAAAAAGCACUCUGAUGGCGGUAUCUACUGAGAGAGAUGGGCUGAAAGAACAUUUAAGCCAAAUGGGACAAGCUUUUGAGACACAGUCGGCAACACUGCACAGCCUCAGAAAUUACAUCGGCCAACUCGCCCCGGAGAAAGGAGAGAAGGAACAAUUAAAUAAAGCUGUUGAGAGGCUGAACAAAGAGAAAGCAGCUCUGCAGAUGACCACAGAGCUUUUGACAGUCAGGCUAAACUCUGUGAAUGAGAUACUCGCCCUCCAAGAAGAGAAAAUAGUGAAUAAGAGCUCGACAGGCCCAUUUGGGAAGAAUGGAUCUGAAGGCCUUCAAGUGCUUCAGCUCUGGAGAAACAAAGUGUUCAAGUUAUGCAUCCAGCUUCGCUCAAAGGACAUCGAACUAAAAAGAGAGAAGGAUGAACUUCUUUCAAAGGUCAGAUUCAUGGAGCAGGAGCUCCAGCGGGAGCAGCACCGGGCUAGUGUGCUCCAACACAGUCUUGAUGACAGGAUAGCUGAGCUAGACCUGGAGAGAGUGGAAAAGGAGACACUGAAACACGACUUGGCCCAGGAGCAAGUGGAAAACUCACAGCUAAAGUCACAGAGACAGAAAGACGAGGCUGAACUAAAAAUCCUGACAGAGGCAGUGCGUAGGUUCAGUCUGGCAUUUGAAAGCAAGGUGGCAGAAGUGGAUGCAGCUCAGUCAAGGCUCAACACUUUGACCCAGAGGCUGACUUUUGCUAAAAGACGAGUGGAGACAAUCCAAGGUUUGACCAUGAGGAAGGUGGCUCUACAGAAAGUUCAGCAGGCCAGUAAACAGGCAGAACAAGCCGCUGACAGCAUCACAAACCUUCAGACAGAGCUUAGUUUGGUGUGUGAAGAGAGAGACAAGCUCACACAGGAGCUCAAAAGAACCCCGGAGCUCAUCGAGAAAGCUCUGGCUGAUCUGAAAGAACAGUAUGAAAGCAAACUGAAGCGGCAGCAGCAACAAGCGCUGGAGCAGAGCUGGGCGGAGGUCCGGCAGGCUGUGGCUGGCAGAGAGGAGGCCGAGCUGAGCCUGCAGCAGAUCCAGACCCAGCUGGAGGAGAGCAAGGUCAACCUGGAGAAACUCCGGUCUGAGCUGCUCAGCCAGCAGGAGCACAGCGACCGUGCCCUGCAGGAGAGAGUGUCUGAGAUCGAGGACUGCUGUGCUGAGAGGCUGAGAGAGAUGGAGGUUCAAGUCAAUACUGCCAGGAGAGAGCACACCAAAGCAGUUAUGACUUUGCGGCAGUUUGAGAAGGAGGCAGCAAGAAAACAGGAUGAGAUGAGAAAAACUCAACAACACACGAAGAGGGAAGUCCAGAGCAAACAAGUGAAGGAGACAGAGAAAGACAGGAAACUACUGCUGGCCACUGUUGCUGAGAAAGGGCUGACAAGUGAAUAUACAAGAGCUCACACAACACCUCUACAAACCUCUGCUGCUCCCAGAGAACAUGGAGAAAAACCGUCAGAGAGGAGUCGCUCUGUGGGAACAAAAGUAUCUGCAGACGGGAGACUUCUGUCUGUCUUGGAGGAGCUCCAUUCUCUCAGUGCUGCAGUGGUAAACAGCUCUGAGGACUCUGCGGAGGAGGAGGGACAGAAUGACAGCGUGGGACCAUCCACAGGCAGUCCGCACAGCUGAUACCUGAUGAUGACUCACUGGAGCCAGUGAACGCACCUUUCAUUUGUACAAAAGGUGGGCAGUGUUGAAAAAAAAAACAGUCAGUGGAAACAAUUUGUUUGAGCCAAACAUCAGAAAACCACGCAUGUCACACUGCUGCUGGGUGUCUAAGAAGACUGAUAGCUAUCUGGUGCAGACUGCUUGAAUUUAACAUGAACAUAAAUUCAAGUUUAUACAAUUAUUUCAAUACAUUUUCUGCAUCUGUCUCCAGGGUGACUUUUAAUUACAGAGAAUACUGGACAGACAUUGAUAGACAGAGUAUUUAACUCAUAAAACCGCCAUUGAAUGAAAGGCAUAGAUGUUGAUGUGAAUAUCUAGAGUUUCAGUUGCAGAAAAAUCAGAUUUUUCACGUUCUUGCUUUGACUAAAUCAUCUCACCAGUAAGACCAUGGUUUGCAUUUAAUUUCAUUUACUUAUUUUAAAUGAUAUUUCCCUCAAGAUUUGUCCACAGAUUGUUUUGAAUUGUUCCAGUUGAAUCAGUGAAAUGGUUUAAAUUUAUAUUUUUACUAUAUAUAGAAUAAAAUAAAGUAAUUUUCUGACAAAGAACUGCACAGAUUGUGAUGACUUUAAUAAAUGCAAAUAU